AUGGACAAAGGGCUGAUUGCUGCUGCUGCUGCUGCUGCAUGCUUUUGGUCGCAAUCUUGUAACUCCCUACUCCUCAAUUUUGGCAUGAUUUCCUCUACCAUCUUAGAUGUAGCUCACUUGACUGGUCUCCCAAUCUUGGGCAAUCCAAUUCAUGCUCUCCUUCAGCCUCCAAAAGUGACCUUUACUUUAAACACUGACAUGUGCUAUAUAGAUUUUGCCCAAAAAUACAAAGGCAAGCCUGGUUCCCCUGUCCAGGACAAAGAAAGAACUGCUUUUUACUUACUCUGGCUUUAUGAGUUUCUUUUUUGUGUCCCUGGGUACAAGAUCACGAAGGAAUACCUCCCCCUUGCCUUGUGUAUGCAAGAUGGCCAACUUAUGGCUUUAGCCCCUUAUCUUCUUGCCACCCUUUACAUGGCCCUAUUUUCCUUUGUCGACAAGAAGAUUUCUGCCAAAAUUGGGCCUGCAGCUGAACCAUUGGUUAGGGAACAAUAUAAAGGCAAGGCUCCAAUGGAUCCAACUGCUCAGACAAACACCUCCUCAGUUUCGAAAUUAAUGGCAGACUCUUUCGCAACCUCGCAGACACAAGCACAGAGAGUAACUACCACCCGUACCCCUGUCGAGAUAGAGGUCACGGCGAAGAAGAGAGAAGAACCUUCCGCUACUCCUGCUCUAAGUACAGACCUAAGUGAUUGGGAUAUCCCUCUCAGUCAAAUGAGAAAAAGAAAGAGAUUACUCCUUACUGUGGUUGAUGAUGAGGAUCAUUCCACUUCUCCGCAACACAUUCAUCCAAUUCCCAGUCCCAUCAGCAAUGUACCCAGAGAACCCACUGUACAACCAACUCCACCACCACCUAAAGCAUCUCAACAAACUUCCUUACAACCUGCUUCACAAUCUUCGCCACAGCAAUCUGCAUCACAACAUCCUUCCACUUCUCCUCAACACAUUGAUCCAAUUCCUAGUCCCAUCACCAAUGUACCCAGAGAACCCACUGCAGAACCAACUCCAUCACCACCUCAAGCAUCUCAACAAACUUUCUUACAACCUCUUUCACAGUCUUCACCACAGCAAUUUACACAAUUUGCACCACACAAUCCUUCACAGCUAGAACCUCCUCCUAUUGCUCUCAGGGAUGUCACAGUUGGGGCUGUCCCGAUGGAGGUUGAUUACCCAGGGGGUAUUGAGCCUAUUAUUGUCCCUUCUGUCUUUAGCCCUCAACCAUCACCAUCCAACCCCUCCAAUUCCCAAACUUCAAACAAAGAAUCAGAGAGGAUUGAUUUUGACAUUUCAAUCAACAGCCAAUCCUCUCCAACAGAUGACAAUACAAAAUCCCCUCAACCAGAAGUUCACAACAACCAAGGUAAAUAG